AUGACUGCUAUUGCAUCAGAUAUGGAAAAAAAAUGUAUUCAAUGUAUACCAGCUUUGGUUGCUACUAAUAAGAUGAUGAGUACUUUAUAUUCUACCUGUAAUGAUGUCGAUCACGCAGUCGAAUCGAUUUGUGAAACUAUUGCCAAUUUGGAAAAGGAAGUUCAGCUGGAUGCAGCAAAACUGAAAAAGCUGGAAUCUCUAAAGAUUUGGAGAUCGAAAUUGCACUCACUAGAAGAAAUUGAGUCCUUGAUUUCUCAAUUUCAAUACUUGUCAGUGGAGGAGAAUGUUUUAGUCAUCGCACGGCUUGUAAUUGAAGUAGAAGAAAAAUUGAAGAAUAUACUAAAAGAUAAGGAAAUUGUUCAUCAAUCAUCUAUAGACCGCAUUUGUUCAGCAUUUAAGAAAGAAAUUAUUUCGUUACGUCAAGCUACAAUUUCUGAACUAAAUUUUUAUUGGGAUGAUUUGUUUUCAAUAACAGAACUGAACUCCGCAGUUACUUUGAAAAUUAAAAAAUGUGGAAGUGAGGGUUUAAAUGAAAAGCUUUCCGCAAUGGAUAUUUUAAAUCUGCUCGACAAAAAAAUCAGUCAUCUUUCAUCUGCUCUGAUCGUUCAUUUCUGUAGCAGAAUAUUCGCUUGUAAAAAUCCCACAGAUAUUGUCAUCUAUCAAUUUUCUCACGAAUAUAAUGAAUAUUUCGUUCGAAAAGAAGAAGUAAUGUAUCUGAAAGAAAAUACUGAUCCAGUAAAAAACCCCCGUUCAGACCCUGGAAAAGUUUUGCGGGUAUUGUCAAAGUUUUUCAAAAACCUUGAGAAAAAUCUGAGCACAAUGAAUGCAAACGGAAAAAACCUCAUUCAGUUGAUCGGGGGUAAAAUAUCAAAUGAAAUUGUUAAACUAAUAAAUCAGGAGUAUAUUACUCCAGUAAUUCAAGAUGAAAAUAUGGAUGUUUCUGCAUUCGAUUAUGUUUUUGAAUUGGCAAAUAAAUUUAGCAAAGAAAUGGAGGAGCUUGGAUUGUUCUCAGAUUCUACAGAAUCAUUUCAAAACCUUGCUGAACCAAGCCACAGUUUGUUAAUUGAUCGACGAUGUAAUAAAAUUAUUGGAAAAGCACGAGAUUUAAUUGCUGCACCAAUAAGAGAAAUUAUCACUGUCGAGUAUGAUAAAGAUAUUUGUGAAAAAUUUUCUAAACUUGACGUACGUGAGAAGAAUGAUUCUAAUACGAACCAAAAUUACGAUAUAGAACUUUUCCAUUUUAUGCCGACUCAAGUUAGUAAAACAGCUGUAGAAAUAGCAGAUUUGGUGUCACUAACCGUAAAUAGCGUCAUAAAAACCAAAUCUUCUGACGCCACUAAAAUUUUGGAGACGUCUCGCAGAAUUGUAGAAUUAUUCAUAUUUACCGCUUACAAAUCACACAGUUCCGAAAUAUCGUUUAUACCUAUUUUGGCAGCAAUCUUUAGUAACAACUGUCACUAUAUCUGUCAUAGACUAAUGACUAUAACUGUCCAAAUGCUUCCUGAAAUGAGGGAUUUCUUACAGGCCAAUAAUUUAUCCGUUUCGUUCGGUGAUUUGAUUCCACUGCUACGUCAAGAGGCUACGAAAGCAGUGAACAAGCAAUUGGAGCAAUGCCAUCAGCUGUUUUCUUCAUUUUUAGAUGAUAACAAAAUAUUUAUUGAUCUGGAAUAUGUAUCUCAGUAUGAAAAAUGCACAAAGAGCCUGAAUAGUUGUUUAUUGCAGCUGGAGCAAAUAUCCGAAACUUGGAAAUCGGUUUUUAAUAAAAAUAACUGGAUUUACUGUAUGACUGAUAUCGUUUCUUUCUUCCUUAAUGCUUUGUUGAAAAUGCUGAUGUCUAUAGAAGAUUUUCGUGCUACUGAUGUCGAUUUAUGCUCCAUUAUACUGGCUAAUGCGAUGAAAAGAUUAGAGAUGUUGUUUGUCAGUGUUGACAAGGAACAUUCUUCUAUAGAUGAAUAUAUCGAAAAGCCAUAUUUCUGCAUGAAAGAACUGUUAUUUUGUUUCAGCGCUACAUUGCAAGAAAUAUCUGAUCGCUGGGAUAAUAAAGAAGGUCCUCUGGCGAAAUGGUUUGAAGCAGCUGAAGUACAACAUUUGAUUAUAGCCUUAUUUCAAGAUACUGAGAAAAGAAGGGCAGUGCUGGCUACGUAUCCAUCAUGUUUAGGUGAUACAGGUUUUCAACUUUUACUUUCGACAAUGGUUUUGCAUCGUACAGGUCAUCAUCUUUCGUUUGUUAUGAAGUCGUUCAUGGAAAACUGGAGAUAUCUGUCAACAUUACAGCCGCAAUCAGUCUCUUCAUAUGGAAUAAAGCCGUUGGAAAAAAUUCGGAACAUAGGUAUAUCGGCUCAUAUUGAUUCAGGGAAAACAACAGUUACAGAGAGGAUUUUAUAUUAUGCAGGCCGUAUUAGAGAAAUGCAUGAAGUGAAAGGAAAAGAUGAUGUGGGUGCAACAAUGGAUUUUAUGGAAUUAGAAAAAGAACGAGGCAUCACAAUACAGUCAGCUGCCACUUAUAUUGAUUGGGAUGAUGUGAAUAUCAAUAUCAUUGAUACUCCGGGACACGUUGAUUUUACGGUGGAAGUUGAACGAGCUCUGCGUGUUUUGGAUGGUGCUGUAUUAAUACUUUGUGGUGUAGGAGGUGUGCAGAGCCAAACGUUCACUGUAAAUAGACAGUUACAGCGCUACAAUAUACCUUUCAUUACAUUUAUCAACAAGUUGGAUCGAACCUGUGCAAAUCCUUUUAAAGCAUUACUUGAUAUGCGAACGAAAUUAAAGCAUAAUGCAGCUUUACUGCAGAUUCCUAUUGGCAAGGAACGCGAUUUCAGGGGUUUAGUAAAUCUAAUUGAAGAACAAGCAGAGUAUAAUGAAGGUCCUGAUGGAAGCAUAUUAAGAAAGGACGAAAUUCCUCAUGAACUGCGAUCACAAGCAAAAGAAAUGCGUCAAGAAUUGAUAGAAAACCUUGCAAAUGCUGAUGACACGAUUGCGGAAAAAUGGUUGAAUAAUCUAGUACCUACUUCAAGUGAGAUUCACGAAGCGAUUCGUCGAACAACGAUCAAAAGAUCUUUUACGCCGCUAUUUAUUGGUAGUGCCUUGAAAAAUAAAGGUGUGCAGGCAAUGAUAAGUGGUAUCGUUCGAUAUUUGCCUAAUCCGUCUGAAGUGCAAAACCAGGCUUUAAUAGCAAAUAAGAUUACAGGCAAAGAAGAAAAAAUUAUAUUGAAUACUGAACGCAGUAAUAAUCAUCCAUUUGUUGGUCUUGCAUUCAAACUAGAGGCAGGAAAAUUUGGACAGCUUACGUACUUUCGUAUAUAUCAAGGACAGUUAUCUCGUGGUGAUUCAAUUUAUGCAUCAAAAGAUGGUAGGAAAGUGCGUGUGCAAAAAUUAGUUCGUUUACAUGCGAAUUCAUUGCAGGAAAUAGAAACGGCAUUUGCUGGUGACAUUUGUGCUACCUAUGGGUUGGAUUGUUUCUCUGGGGAAACAUUUUGUGGCCAAAAAGAUCUAGAUAUAUUCUGUGAAUCGAUGCAUAUUCCGGAACCUGUUAUAAGUAUGUCUAUUCGAUGCAUAAACAAUAAAGAUGGUGAAAAAUUCAUGAGAGCAUUGAAUCGUUUUACUAAGGAAGAUCCAACAUUUCGUAAAGAAUAUAAUACAGAAGCAAGAGAAACCGUAGUUUCAGGAAUGGGCGAACUACACCUUGAAAUUUAUGCCCAGCGUAUGAAAAAUGAAUUCAAUUGUCCUGUUGUAUUGGGCGCACCAGCUGUAGCAUACCGUGAAACCCUUGCGAAACCGUACAACUUUUAUUAUCGACAUAAAAAACAAACUGGAGGUCAAGGACAAUUUGGAGAAAUUGAAGGAGUACUAGAACCCUUACCGCCAAUGCGCAACACAGAGAAUGAUUUUGUUGAUGAGACCAUUGGAGGCACUAUACCAAAAAAUCUUAUAAUCUCAUUGAAAAAAGGGUUCAAUGCGAUACUAGAUCAAGGACCUUUAAUUCAUAGCAAAAUCGUUGGGAUAAAUUUACGACUUCAAAGUGGUAAAACGCAUGAAGUGGAUUCAACUGAUAUUGCUAUGAUAAACACUGCACAAAAUAUGAUGAGAGAAGCUUUUUUAAAAGCUGAAUGGAAAUUAUUGGAACCUAUAAUGAGAGUGGAUGUAACUGUUCCGGAGGAAUUUCAGAAUUCUAUAUCGAAUGCAUUGUCAAUGGGAUCAGUCCUGAUAGACUCUUCUCUGUCUGAUGGCUAUUUAACAGUUACAUGUGAAGCUCCUUUGAGGGCAAUGUUUGGUUAUUCGACAAAGUUGCGAACAAUGACGAAAGGCAAAGGAGAAUUUGUAAUGGAAUUUGUGAGAUACGCACCAGUUGCACCUGAUAUGCAACAACUAAUAGUUAAAGAAUGGAAAAACGAGCAGGAAGCAAAAGAAAGCAAUAAGAAAAAGAAUUAA